AUGUUGAUGGUGGGUGUGUGCGCGCUCGUGUUCAUCACAGAUCUGAGCGGUGCAAAGCUCGAGUUGCGCGUCACAACAUACACAACUCUGCAUGGCACCGACCUGUAAUCAUGGAGCCGUAAACCUAUAUUCUAGUGGAUCUAGACUCAUAAUUCCAGGCUGAGGAUACAGGUGCUUUCAGAGACGCCAAAUCAUAUCAUCAGGUGCAAGCUGUGCAAAAAGGAGACUUGGGUUAGUUAAUGAAAAAUGUGGAUCUACGCAAGUAUUUUAACAUUUGUGCUUCUUUUGGCCGGAGACGCAAGGGCGAUGAGCAAGAUUUUUGGUGAGCCGGAGCCGGUCAGGAUGGUAUCAGAAGGUUCAGACUGCCGCUGUAAGUGUGUGAUGCGGCCGUUGAGCAUUGAAGCUUGCAGCAGGCUCCGCGACGGAAGCUUACGGGUGGAUGAUUUUUACACUGUGGAGACGGUGAGCUCAGGCUCUGACUGUAAAUGUUCCUGCACGGCUCCUCCCUCCUCGCUCAACCCAUGUGAGAAUGAAUGGAGAACGGAAAAACUCAGGAAACAAGCUCCUGAACUACUCAAGCUUCAUUCCAUGGUGGAUCUGCUGGAAGGAACAUUGUACAGUUUGGAUCUGAUGAAGGUCCAUGCCUACAUGAACAAGGUUGUGGCUCAGAUGAACACAUUAGAAGAGACCAUAAAGACAAACCUUACCAGGGAGAAUGAGUUUGUGAGGGACAGCGUAGUAAAUCUGUCCAAUCAGCUAAAGCGUUACGAGAACUACUCUGACAUCAUGGUAAGCAUCAAGAAAGAGAUCUCCAGCCUGGGACUCCAGCUGUUGCAGAAAGACGCCGCGUCUGACAGUAAAGCGCAGGGCACAGAGAAUAAAAAGUCAAAGGAGGUCAUAAAAUCACCCAACAAGAAACCCCCAGCUGUCAAACCUCCAGCCAAACAGCCUAAAGAGAAACAGGUCAAGCCCAAGAAAGAGACUCCUGCCAAAGCAUCAAAACCUGCUAAGCCAGACCCCACCAGCAAAACCAAGACCUUAGUGCACCAGGGAGGAGUCAUCCGGGGGAUCACAUACUACAAAGCGUCCAAGACAGACGACUCUGAGUCACAUUCAGCAGGGAGAGGAGAGAGAGAAAACCAAGCCAAAACCCACACUGGGCAUCUAACCGAGGACAAAAGGGGCUCCGAGUUAGUUUUGGAAGAGUCUGAAAUAACAUCGACCGUACCGCCAAUCACAACCAUUACACUUGCUGCUGUGACAACAACAAGCACCACACUAGCAACCACCAAUGAAGUGCCUAUCACGAAUUCAACACUGUCCACACCAGCACAAGAGAAACCAAUGGGCAGUGGAGGAAAGACACACUUGCACAAAGCAGGUAAAUCUCUAGACUGUGAGGGGACAUUGGCAUCAGUGGAGAUGCCAGAGAAGCAACACAGCUAUGGACGGAAUGAAGGAGCCUGGAUGAAAGACCCAGUGGCCAAAGACAACAAGAUCUACGUUACAAACUACUACUAUGGCAAUAAUCUGGUGGAGUUCCGCAACCUGGAGAAUUUCAAACAAGGUCGCUGGAGUAACCUCUACAAGCUUCCCUACAACUGGAUAGGAACAGGUCAUGUGGUCUACAACGGUGCCUUCUACUACAACAGAGCCUUCACCAAAAACAUCAUCAAAUAUGACUUGCGCAUGCGCUUCGUGGCAGCUUGGACUCAGCUUCAUGAUGCGGUCUAUGAGGACACCACACCCUGGAAAUGGCGAGGACAUUCAGACAUCGAUUUCGCUGUAGACGAGAGCGGCCUCUGGGUCAUCUACCCAGCGCUGGAUUACGACUAUUCACAACACGAAGUCAUCGUCAUCAGCAAGCUGGACCCAAGCGACCUGUCCAUGAAGAAGGAGACGACAUGGAGGACUGGGCUGAAGCGCAACUCGUACGGAAACUGCUUCAUCGUAUGCGGCGUGCUGUACACUGUUGACGUCUACAACCAGAAAGAGGGUGAGAUUUCGUACGCCUACGAUACGCACACAAACACAGAGGCCACUCCACGUUUGCCGUUCACUAAUGAAUACGCUUUUGUGACCCAAGUGGACUACAAUCCCAAAGAUAAGGUGCUGUAUGCCUGGGACAAUGGCCAUCAGAUGACCUACAAUAUUCACUUUGUGGGCCAGUGAAGUUUUGAGAAUCUGACGCAGUGGGCGUCUUCUGUCAUUUGGCCUGGUGCAUAGGGAAAUACACCAUUUAUGGAAGCACAUUGCUUUCUUUAUUGGUAUGGCGAUUGAGAUGAAGUGUCAGAAAUAAGCUUCCAUAAUAAUGAGUCCACAUGAUUUGGGUAUAUAUUUUUACCCUCAGCUAAACAGUUUGAAGACUUUAAGGCGAUGCAUGUCUCAUUUUUAUGUAGUUUAUAAUCAGACCCAACCUUUACUUACCACUGUAAAAAUAAAUAUUAAAAAUGGUACAGUUAAGGAUCUUGAAAAAACAUAAAGUGUAACCUGAGUGGUUUUGCACAGCUUUAUGCAGUAAUGUUUAUUCUUACAUUCAAAAUUUGCAAGAUUUACAGCUGUGUAGUAAUAUCAUUUAACAGCAACAAAAUAUCAAUUUUGGGGGAUGGGAUUUUAAAUGUUAUGUAAAUUUCACUAUUUCAUCUAUUCAUUUUGUAUAAUAUUACAUUCGCAUUGUAAAUAUUUCCAAGAAUAAGUUGUGUUACAAUAUUCCUAUUAUAAACCUCAGACUUAUCAUCCCCAGAUAUUUAAUAUUAUAGUCACUCAACAUAAGUGAUUACUUAUGAUUACUCCUGGAUGAGUUACAGGGUUUUGUAUGUUGCAUUCAUGUGUAAAAUUUCACAUUUCAUGUAAAAUAGUUUAAAUAAACUUACUCUAAAAUGA